GUAUGGAGCCGCAAGUCGCAGAGCUGAAGAAGAAGAUUGAGGACACGUUGUGCCCUUUUGGCUUCGAGGUUUACCCCUUCCAGGUGGCAUGGUACAAUGCACUCCUACCUCCAGUCUUCCACCUGCCCCUGCCAGGACCUACCCUGGCCUUCCUGGUACUCAGCACACCUGCUAUGUUUGACCGGGCCCUCAAACCCUUCCUGCAGAGCUGCUGCCUCCAACCACUGACUGACCCUGUGGACCAAUGUGUAGCCUACCACCUGGGCCGUGUUAGAGAGAGCCUCCCAGAGCUGCAGAUGGAAGUUAUCGCUGACUAUGAGGUACACCCCAACCGGCGCCCCAAGAUUCUGGCCCAGACGGCAGCACAUGUGGCAGGGGCUGCUUACUACUACCAACGACACGAUGUAGAGGCUGACCCCUGGGGGACCCAGCAUAUAUCAGGUGUGUGCAUACAUCCCCGAUUUGGGGGCUGGUUUGCCAUCCGAGGCGUAGUGCUGCUGCCAGGAAUAGAGGUGCCACAUCUGCUGCCCACUAAACCCCUCGACUGUGUACCAAGAAGAACUGACCGAAUCGCUUUGCUUGAAAGCUUCAACUUUCAUUGGCGUGACUGGGCUUACAGGGAUGCUGUGAUACCUGAGGAACGCUACUCAGAAGAACAGAAGGCCUACUUUUCCAGUCCACCUGCUCAACGCUUGGCCUUGUUGGGCUUGGCCCAACCCUCAGAGGAGCCUAGCUCUGCAUCCCCUGAGCUUCUCUUUACCACACUCAUACCUAAGCCCCAGAAUCUCAGCAGAGUCAAGGGAUGGCUAAGCCCCAAGGUCUCACCACCUGCAUCCCCUGACCCUUGAUACCCUCCUCCCUGUGGGAUCCUUAUUUAUACCAAUGGUACCUGCUAAGACUUGGCUUUGGCAAGGCAAGGUUUUAUUUUGGGUAAAAGAUAAUUACUUUUGAUAAAAGCAUUAUA